AUGUUGUUGUCUGAAGAGCAGGUCCGGUCCUUUCGCAGGAAUGGCUACCUGGUUCUUGGUAAUGUCCUUUCUGAGGUAGAGACCGAGGAACUCCAGCGAUGGGCGCAGGAAGUCCAUGACUGGACCACAGAUGCGAACAGUCCAUGGAUGCCGUACGAGGAAAUCAACGCUCGAGGGGAAAGGGUGCUAUGCCGGACUGAAAAUUAUGCAGAUUCCCAUGCGGGCUUGAACAGUCUCCUUCGUGGACAGAAGUUGUUGGAUCUGCUCAAACAACUGUCGGGUGAGGAGAUGUUGCUGUUCAAGGAAAAGAUCAACUAUAAGCUCGCAGGCAGCGGUGGAUUUGCACCCCAUAUCGAUGCCACGGCAUAUACCCACAUCAAAGACAUCAAACACCUUGCCAUCCUUCUGGCGGUUGACCCAUCGAAUAUUUCCAAUGGUGGCCUGGAGGUCGUUGAAGGGACCAAGGUGGCUGAGCUCGUCGAGGCUCAUGUCCCGGCAAAGCGCUACCUCUGUGCCACAGAAGAUGAAUACUAUAACACACUCAGCGAUGCGAGCAAGGAGAGUCUGCGAUUCCAAGGAGGUCCGAUGAGCCAAGACGAAGUGCAACAAUGGAGACAAGGGGAUUGGGCUGUCGAAAAAGCAAACCUGAGGAGGUGGGACGAUGGAGCCAAGGUGGUUGGCUUGAAAGUACCAGGGUUAGAGACAUAUCGACCGCUGUUGGAGCAAGUCUUGAGUUCUUGA